CACUGCCAUGGAGCCGAGCGCACGGGAGCCCCUCGUGAGGAAGACGAGUUCCUCGUAUCGGACCUUCCCCGAGAGCGCUGGCAAGAAGCUCGACAAGGAAUACCUGCAGAGCCUCCAGAACGAGCGGCUCUACCUGGCUGUGUUUGCUGCUGUCCUGGGGAACUUCAGUUUUGGCUUCGCCCUGGUUUACCCCUCGCCCGUCAUCCCUGCCCUGGAGGCUUACCCCAGCCCUGCGCUGCGCCUGGACCGAUACGCAGCGUCCUGGUUCGGGUCGGUGUUCAUGCUGGGAGCGGCGGCGGGGGGGCUCAGUGCCAUGCUCCUCAAUGACCGCCUGGGCCGCAAACUGAGCAUCAUGUUCUCGGCGCUGCCCUCCGCCGUGGGAUACCUGCUGAUGGCCAGUGCCCAGGGGAUCGGGAUGCUGCUGCUGGGCCGCGUGCUGACGGGCUACGCCGGCGGCGUGACCUCCGCCUCCAUCCCGGUCUACAUCUCAGAGAUCUCCCACCCCGGUGUCAGAGGCAUGCUGGGCGCUUGUCCUCAGAUGAUGGCAGUGCUGGGCUCCCUUGUCCUGUACGCACUGGGGCUGGUCCUGGACUGGCGCUGGCUGGCUGUCGCAGGGGAGGUGCCCGUGCUGGUGAUGAUCAUCCUGCUCUGCUUCAUGCCCAACUCGCCCCGGUUCCUGCUCUCCCAGGGGAAGGAUGACAAGGCCCUGGCAUCGCUGUGCUGGCUGCGGGGCAAGGACACGGACUAUGCCCGGGAGUAUGAGCAGAUCAAGGACAGUGUGAGGAAGCAGAGCCAGCGGGUUUCCUGUGCUGAGAUCAAGGACCCCUUCAUUUACAAGCCCAUCCUGAUCGCGGUGGGGAUGAGGUUCCUGCAGCAGCUUUCGGGGGUCACCUGCAUCCUUGUGUACCUGCAGUCAAUAUUCAAGAAAACAUCUGUCAUCCUGAAACCAGAGUACGAUGCAGCUCUUGUUGGCUUGGUACGUCUGUUCUCAGUGAUGAUUGCUGCUGUGUCGAUGGAUAAAGCUGGGAGGAAGAUUCUUCUUUUUGUAUCAGCUGGUGUCAUGUUGGUCUCCAACCUGACCAUGGGGCUCUAUAUCCACUUCGUGCCAGCUUCUCAGAACGGCACCAUUGCCAACAAGACCCUGGUGAGCUCUGCCAACCUUCCUGCUGAGCCGAUAAACUACAUCACGCUCAUCCCCCUCCUGGCAACCAUGUUCUUCAUAAUGGGUUAUGCCAUGGGCUGGGGCCCCAUCACCUGGCUGCUGAUGUCAGAGAUCCUCCCUCUGAAAGCCCGUGGGGUGGCCUCUGGCCUCUGCGUCGUUGUGAGCUGGCUGACAGCCUUCACUCUCACCUACUUCUUCCUCUGGGUCGUGCACGCCUUUGGCCUCGAGGUGCCCUUCCUAUUCUUCACCAUCAUCUGUGCUGGGAACAUCUUAUUCACAGGCUUCUGUGUUCCAGAAACCAAAGGCAGGUCCCUGGAACAGAUUGAGGCCUUCUUCAGGACUGGCCGGAGGUCAUUCAUGAGGUAGGAGCUGCCAUCUGCCCACCGUGCCAGGCUACCAGUCCAUAUACUCAAGGGCAACAAAGAAAACUGUUGUGCUGCUGGAGGUGGAGGCUGGAGCUCUCUGAGAAGGCAACGGGAGAGGAAUGGGUGGCAAUAGUCAUCUCGCUUUAGAUGCAGAAGUUGCCAACUGGAACGUUACUUUCUUUUCCCACCAUUCAACACUACCUGUUGCUCUCUGGGCAGCAUGUCAACCCAAGGUAUAGGACCAGGCUGGAGAUAAAGACGUCCUGGAAAAUAAAAGGUGUGGCUGUGGACAGCAGACCAGGCACAACCUUCACUCAGCAGCCACCAAAGCAGCCCGAGAGCCCAAGGGUUGGGCUGGAACAGCAUUAACAGUUGUAGCUGUUUUAGCAAAAGUUCACUGUGUAGUUGCAAUAAUAAACCAGUUUUGCCUCCAACUGCAAGGUGUUGCCUUGAUUUACAGAGAAGGGAGCUGCAGGCACGUGGGAUGGGAGAGGCAGACCGGGAUGGUGACAAGGGGACCACAACAGCCUGCCCAGAUGAGUCUCAUGUACUUAAGGACCGUGAAAGAGGCAGAGUCAGAUAUUUUGUAUAAAAAGCUGCCGCGUUUUAUUGCUCUAAAAACACACAUUACACUAGAAGCCUAAUGAACAAGACCAAAUACAGUUCACAAAGAAAAUCCAGGACAAAACAAAGAACGGGAACAGACAAACAUUCAACUGUAGUGCAAGUGAUUCACUGGAGGAAAGACACGGUGGGUACUGACAAUACUUUGUACUGGGGUGGGUGGGUCCCUCCCACCGCAGGUUUUUACUCACAAAGAGGAAGGUGGAUGCGCCCCCAUCACGGCUGUGUAGGGAGCCUCCACCUCCAUCACUCUGAGAUUUCAACUGCAUAGUUAGUAGCAAAUUGCUCUUACCCCUUUCUUGUGUGUCCUGCAAGAUUAAGGACUUUUUAAAAACUUUUUUAGAGCCUAACCCUAGGUGCAGAAGGUGGUUAUGGCCGUGAGGAACAGAUGGCCUUGCUGCAUAUCACAUCCAACCUAACUUCUCCCAAAAGGGCAGAACAACAAAGGCUGAGUUGGGAGAUGAUUUGCCCAACCUCCUGAAAUGCACUUGGCACCCCAAGAGCUGGUGGGGAUGCUUGUGUCCUCCCAUGCCUGGAACAUUCAGCCUGCUGUGACAAGGAAACAUAGCAUAUUUGACCCAGAUCUCAAGAUGUCCUAGAUACUAUUUAGAUCUCCUGGAGCAGGAGAUGAGAGAAAUCACUUUAAGAGAUGUGUUUUAUCAGAGGAUUAAUUUAAAGCAGCCUGGGACAGAGGAAGAGAGAUGGGCCAAAAUCAAAACCACAGAAAAAAUUCAGUAUUAGACCUAACCUUUGCAGCUGAGACCCAUUUCCAGAAAGAUGUUCAGCUCUGGCUGGAAUAUGAGUGUUUCUAAGCAUGGCCUGAUUAUAGGAGGUCUCAAGAGCCUCUGAUUUCCACUGACCUUCUGAAGAUCAGGAUCUCUGGCAGCCCUGUGCUAGAGCGUUCUCUUUCUCACAUGGCUAUGGACCAGGUCUUGAUAUCUUCACUUCAGUGAAACCCUUCCCUGAAGACAGUGGAUGUUUUUUCCUGAGGAAAAAAUGACACAGAUGAAUUGAGCUUCCCAGGGCUUGGCCUAAGGAGGAAAUGCCCGAAUAUGAAAUGAGGUUGGACUCUUCAGGUCCUGUGAGAACCUCACUGGAGAAGUAUUUUCUGAGUGACCUCCUUUCUUCAAUAUAGAAAGUCUGAGCGCUUUUGCUACAUUUAGAGUCUGAGAAAUCACAGUGGCUCUUUCCAGAGGUAGAAUGGUCUUUUUAUUCACUGCACACACAGAAUCAAUUGGUGUUACAAAACCAGCUCCUGCCCAGAGCAGCGAGGUCUGGGUCUGCAGCAGAAAGCGAGCUUCUGCUCUUCUCUUCACACCCAGUGGACAGC